AGCCCGCAGAGAUAGGAGCAGCUUAAUCAGCGUGGUGGGCUACUGUAUCCCACCAUCUCAGGUCAAACUGUACAAGGCUGUUGCUCGAAGUCUUGAAUCAAUCUGUGCUAUUCAUUUGAUCUGAAUCCGCUCGACGAGCUGGACGUAAAGAAUCGACUCAUAAGAACGAUUCGUUGAGGAGUCGACUCGCCGGGGUCUUCAGGUGGAGCCGCCGAGCCUCCUCGUUGGUGGAAGUCUCACAUCAGAAUAUGCUGAACUUCUCGGCUUUUCCCAGUGUGGAAUCCGUCUGAAUCUGAGUCCAAUCACUGACCUGUGGACGUCAGAAGGAGAGAGAUGGCCAAGUCCAUUGAAAAUGAUGAAUACGGAGCUGACAGUCCAGAUCUGGCUGUACAUUUGCAGGGUGCAAAUUUGAAGUAUUUGGAAUUUGAAGACGACAGGCAACGAAUGAGUGACAUUGGAGUUAAGAUGAAGUUUCUAUGUGAUGAGCUUGAAGUGCAGCCGUACGGUAAUGAAGACGGAAUGUGGAAAUCGCUCUGCCAAACGCUGGAAACAGGAAUGAGUUCCAUCACGAACGUGUUCACACAGUCAGAGGUGUCCACUGUCCAGCCAAUAGUGUGGUCAGAGAAAGUGAGCCUGACGUCCAGACCGAGCCCUCAGAGCAGCGGUGCAGACUGGAGGUCAAGAAGUGUUUGUAAGUCCUGCUGUAGUGUGAAGCAGGCUGCUAUCCAGGACAAGACAGAAUGGAAGCUCAUUGAACCUGUCGCUAUGGCUACUCUACUAAAUGAAGACAUGAAGUACAGGAUCUCUGUUGCGCCAGGGAGAUAUGAGUGCAGAGUCACUGGUCUUUGUUGGGAAAGCUCUGAUGAAGUUGAAAUGGAAUAUCAUUUGAGUGACUGGGAUCAUGUUAGUGAAUUUCUGGAAAAGUGCAAUUUUCAGCCCUGUGGUCCAUUACUGGACGUUACUAUCAUCUCAGGGGAGCUCACUGCUGUCCAUCUACCACACUUUCUCUGUUUAGAUUCUUUUCCUUCCUUGAGUGAUGAGGUCAGAGUUCUUCAUGUAGAAGAUGCUGGAGUCUCUUUAGAGAAAUGCGAGUUGUCUUGCUUCAGCGCCAAACUGCUCCACCCCACAUUCUCCCCAAAAGGUGUCCUUGUCAGAAGUGGGUUCCCUGUGAAAGCCCACUGUGAAGUGUUGAUCUACUGCACUUCGACUGCUCACCUGACCCUUCACGUAUACCUGGUUCCAUGUGAUUCAAAAAUAAUAGAGUCUGUACAGAAACAGGAGAACCGCAGCAUAAAGAUCCCAAAACCAAGGCCAGAUGCAUCUCUGCAGAUGAAGAAUCACUACAUGCUGAGCACAUCCUGCCCCUCCCGAAUCAGACCUCAGAAGUUAAAACUGAGAUACACCAGCCAAACCCCAAACUUUUUUGAGGUAUACAUUAAAGAUGCGAAAGAUGACUUUCAGUUGUUUUUAAUGAGUGAGGAGGGGGAAUCAGUGUGGGAAGCUGACAUACGAUCAGCUGAAUACAGUCGAAAUCUCAGUUGUGUUGGUAUUCAUUUUGUGGACUUGCACAGAAAGAGCCUGAUUCAGAGAGUGAAACUGGUGGAACCCAUAGCCGAUGACCUUUACCCAAAUAUCAGGGAAGAGAAGUAUUCCAAAAUCAAGGAAGCUAAAACAAGCCAGGACAAAAUGAGGGUCAUCUAUGAUAUACUGCUUUCAGGUGGUCAAACGCUGAAGGAUGUUUUUUUGCAAAGUUUGCAACAAAACGAACCUGAUCUUGUUGCAGAGCUUUCCCAGGCCUAAGAAGAUGAAGUAUAAUGUAUACAGAGAGAGAGAAACUAGGCAGAGAAUUCUAAUUAUUAUCACGAAAUAUGUGUAAAAUUACCUGGUAACAUCACUUACAAAUGUGUGAUGUGUGAUGCUGAACUUUUCGACCCUGGUACUCUAUCUUGAUGUCUCGUCUCAGACUGGAGAUUCCCCUCCCCGGCUGCAGAGGUCGCUCUCACUCCAGUACUAACUUUCCGUCUCUCACCUGAUUGCAGUCUCUCCUUUAGAAUCUUAUAAGUAGUCGUGCUGCGUCCAGAAACUACUGCUCCUGUCCUCCCCUUCCCUUCCUACUGCUCCUCUCCUUGCCCCGAAGAACAUGCAGGAAUGGUGGAAAGGAAAGAAGCAGGGGGGUUGGAGAGAACUGGGAGAAAUGGGACAGCUGAUUCCUUUCAACAUCGUAUUUGAUGUUGACUAUUGAAGAACGGAGCCUAUCAGAAAGUUCGCUUGAAACCACGCCCCUAAUACUCCUGUAUCCAAUCACAGCUGCUACAGCUGCUAGGAAUAUUCGUCCUGUCUGGUCGUGUCUGCAGUGACAUCACUUUAAAAUCUGUAAAAGACUUCUUUGCUAGCCUGCACUGGUACAUCAUACAUUAGAAGCCACUUUGGCAGCUAUUUGAGGCAGCUUCUCUUGUGUCCUCUGGAAUUCAGACAGCUGGUAAGAUGGCAUCAUGAAAUCAACUUGCAGGCCACAGAGAGGAGGACUGGUAGGACAAAGUACUAACUUUCAGGGUUUUUGGAUACAGGCUCUGUGUUUUGUGGUCUUUGUGAAGUCUUGACAAGGUUUUUACCUGUCAAUUUUGAACAGUUUAUUUGUAUAUGUUUUUUUUGGGCAUUUGAGCCUUGCCUCGCCUUGUAAUUGAGGUAUUAUGCUGUAUGUUAUGCAGUGCUAUUUGUGAAAUUGAGCUGCGGGUUUCUGGUAACGCAGAUGGGUUUAUUAUA